AUGGAAAUAACGGUUGUGUACGAGGGAGAAAGCAUCCAAUUACAUGUGACGAAAGACUUUCCCAUACGAACACUCGUGGCUCUCGCCCAUGAACAUUUGAGGAAGGCUGAUGAUGAGGAGAAAAACAGUUUGGAUUUGUUCGUGAACUCAAAAUCGAUUGAAUUUAACGAUACAACGACCAUCCAGAGUUUAGGAAUCAAACAGGGUGAUGUCAUUUCUUUCGGUCCUUCAGACUACAAUAAUGCCAAAUCUCCAUAUGUUUCACCACCACGAUCUCCGUACACAACAUUGGACAAGGUUCAAAAACAAGCACUUCAAAGUAACUUGAAGACCGGUGUGGAGAAUGUCCCCGAAUCAUUUAAUACUACGGGAAUGGCUUAUAUCAGACUAGCUAUUAAUGGGGUUGAAGUUUUAACUUUGGUUGAUUCAGGAGCUCAAGUUUCUAUCCUGACUAGCUCAGCCGCUAAGAAAUGUAAAGUCAAAGACUUGAUUGAUCCACGAUGGAAAGAGAAAGCUGUAGGAUUGGCGGGCAAGUCCGUCGACGCUUUGGGAACUAUCAUGUAUUGUGACAUCAAAGUUGGAGAGCAGACACUUUCCGGUCCUCUUUCCGUUUUGAAUCCAUCGGUAACGGAAGUCGAUUUAAUUUUAGGAUUAGAUUUUCUAUUCAGAUAUAAGGCUGUUAUUGAUCUUGGCAAAAGAAGAGUAACUUUCGAUGAUGGGGAACCCAUCGAGUUCUUGACCGAGGAGGAAGCUCUCAAAAUUUCUGCAUUCAAAAGAGUACAAUACAGGAGACGACCUGUACGGAUUCAUAAGAGUUUAUUUUAA